AUUCAAAGCACGGGAAAAAUUUAAAAAUUAAAAUUUCGUUAAACUUACAUAAAAUAAAGAGAAACACGACUAUUGAAAUUAAGCUUAAAAUUAUUAUUGACGUUCUUCGCCGUGAUAUUUCGGCAACAUCCAGCUGUUGUUUAACUGAUGAUGCGCUGUAGCUUGUACUUGAUGGACGUAUUAAGUUAUUUUGAUUUGGCAUUUUGGAGAAUUUAUUUUCACUAUAACUAUUAAUCUUAGACUAUAUUUCAUCUAAUUAAUAAAAAUUAUUCCAAUUAACCUAUUUCCAACAAAAUGUCAACAAAGGAUUAUUGUCCAAGAGCAGAUUACUCAAAUUAUGAAAUUAAUACAGUUUUCACCGGUUCAAUUGUCUCAACUUAUUCGAAACUUCGUCGUUUAGUCUAUUGCGUAAAUUCUGUGGAUGUAAAGAACUUUCUGAAGAUUGAUGACUUUAAAUAUUAUAAAAGGCUCCAUAAGAAACCUGCUGUUGGUGCUUUCUUCGUGUAUUAUAGUGCAUCACGCAACAGUUACUAUCGAGCAUUCAAUCUUGGUUCUAAUCCAGUAGAUCCAGUGUCAAUUAAAGCCUUCUUUAUCGACACAGGCGAAUGUCAUUAUCUGGUUUAUGAGAAGAAAAAGUUCUUUUACUAUCCUGAUGCAUUUUACAUGCCAAUUAUGGGAAUAUUUUGUAAGAUUCGAAACAUCCCGAAGAGAUUCAAGUCUGCUCUAGAUUUUUUCGAGGAAUGUCCAUUCAAAAAGCUCAAAUUUAAUAUUGUCGAAAAAGGACAGACUGAAAAUGAUUUAGGAGCUAAGGAAGAAUGUCUAAUUGUCGAUGUUGAAUUUUCCAAAAAUAAAGCAGAUUUAGAAGAUGAUGAAGAUGACAACGAAAGGAAUCAAGCCAUUAAAUUGACAAAAUCAGUUCUACUAAAGUUUAACUGCGCUAAUGACCCACCAAUAGAAUUAACAUACAUAGAUGUUCCGUUUAUGUCUUCAGAAGUUCCAGACAAGACAAUCAAAUUUAAGACUAAUCAAAAAGUUUUAGUAUAUCCAGAAAUGACAAUUGCGCCUAAUAAAUAUUAUGGAAUUUGUAAAAGCACACAUGAAGCUAGUCGUGACAUGGAGACUCUCACGCGACUAAUGAUCAAUAUGAACAAAUUUAACAUUACGUACGAGAAAUUGGCUAGAAAGGCAGUUCUAAAUGAAAUGGUCAUAAUGAGUGAAGAUACUGACGAUGGUAAUCGAUAUUAUCGCGGAAUGGUUUUAGAGGUAUUCGAUGAGAUUUCUAUAAUUCUCUACGUGGAUUAUGGAAGAACUCAGCCAUUUCACUGCACAAAGCUUUUCAAGUUUCCCAUCGAAUUCUCGUCAGUUCCUUUCCACACAUUUCGCAUUCAUGCAUCAAACAUUCAAAUUAGCCACGACGAUGCCAUAAAUCAUACAAAUAUGAUUGUCAUUGAUCUCACAAUCAAACCAAUGUGCUUCGGAGUUGUUGAAACAAUUGAUGAACUUGACAUUGUCGUCAAAUUGUACGAUAAAAAUGGACACAACAUGAAAGAUGUUUUAGAAAGAAUCUACAAGCCACUACGAGUACCAAAGGUAUCCAAAAUAGUCAAAAAGCUUGCUGAUGAUGAUCAGUCACGUGACUGGACAUAAUUAAAAUUCACACAUAUAUCUUUUAUCAAGUUCAUUGUGACCAAGUUUAUUCAGCGCUUUUAUGCAAAAAAAUGAAAUAAAAACAAGUUUUAAGCAAGUCAAUCAUCCGCAUCGACUUUAAAAACAUUUUCAAGUGCAAAAGUGCAGUUAAAGAAAUAAAAAUGGAAAGUGGAAUGUGGGAUUAUGUGUCUGUUGCAUAAUUUUUAUACUUUAUUUUGCG